AUGUUAGAAGAGAUCGGAAAUUCGAGGUUCAGGUGCGCAGGGCAGGUUAGACCAGUCCCGGUGGCCUCGCAAGGACCUGCAAACCUGUUAGAUUCGUUGCACGAUUUUUACGUGAGCACCGGAAUCUCAUUCACGUGCUGCACCCGCUCGCCAGUCAACUCGGCAAAUGACUCACUUGCUAGAUACAAUGAUAAUGUGGAUAAUUAUCAUUAUAUACAUUUGGCAGUUCAUGAUUCUAAUCACAUAUUACGUUGGUUACACAAACAAUACGCUGAAGAACCUGAAAUAUGUAAUUAA